UUGGAAUAAGUGACGUUGUGAAAAAGGUCGUUCUUUCAUAGAAUUGCCAUCACGAGAUGUAAAAAAACGUACGAAUUUCGAUUUGUUCUUACGGGUUAUAGGCAAAUAUAACAAUUCAAAGGAAAUCAACCAAUUUUUCAUCAGUUUUUUUAUUUAAGAAACCAAGUUUUGAGAUUGCUUAUGUCAGUUCCUUCACUCAUCCUCCAUGCUUGAUCUUAUCAUGCUACUUUGAGCAAAAAUUCUGUAUGACUUUCGUUUCAGUUUGUGCCCAAACAAGAAGAGUUAGUUUAGUUAACCAAUUAAAGGAGAAGUGCUACAGAAAAGGAUCUUUACAAAGAAUUUUAGCAAGAAAAUAAAUGAAAAAGUUUUCAGUUUUCCGUGUGCUUCAAUUUGAAAAUUAAUGGAAGAGAUAACGUAGGUAGUUCACCGUACCUCUAAAUGCUGUACGCCAUGUUGGGGAAACUGAAGAGGAGAAAAAGAGAAGUGAAAAGAGUAAACAAUUAAAGAAAGGGGGGAAAACAUGAACUUUGCUAUUCCUUCUGUCAAAUUUAAAAUAAAAUCACAGAGCUAUUUGCCUGCCCACGAAACUUUCAAUCAUGAGUAUCCUAAUCUAAUUUGUUAUUGAAGAAUGCCGAGAUGAGUAAAUAUUGAGACAACAAAGCAAAAAUAAUGGCAGAUACACAUGAGUUGACUGAGCUUAUGAUGUCCUUGUGCGAAAAUUCAGCCUUACAGACUGAUUUUGGAAUUCAAAUGCAUCGUUUGGUUAAAAAAGGAGCUGAUGUAAACAGGAAAACUAUUGGAGGUCGCACCCCACUCAUGAUUGUCUGCUGGAAAAAUAGAAGAGAGAAUGUUGUGGGUUGUGCGAAAACCGUUAGCUUCCUUUUGCCAUAUUCGCAUCAUAACGUAAUUGAUAUAUUUGGGCAAAACGUUAUCGAUCAUUUAAACGAUGUUUUAUCAAACUCUUUUCCCUUAUGCAUUUGCUGUCGAAGAAUGGAUUCCUUCCUUCCACCGGAACUACUUGAAAAAUUGAGUACAAAGAAGCCAUUUCAUGCAAAAUUGAGUGGUAUUGAUAGAGAUGCGUUAGAGAGAGCAAUACCAAGGCGCAUCGAUUACGGGUUUACUAACACAAACCGAGAAACUAUUAUUCAGCUACCUUCUGGAAACGCUUGGAAUAUUAUCAAAGAUGUAUGGACGACAGAUUCCGAUCUUGAUACAACCAAAAUUCUACAAUUUUUGUCUAAACACGCUCAUCAAAUGGACGAUAAGCUCGGCAAAGUUGGUUGUUCUCAAAAUCACUGUCAUUGGUGUGCUGCCACAAAUGCAGUUUGCGAGUAUGUCAACCAAUUAGUGAUCACCGUUGCCCAUUUGGAUAACCGAUUUCAAGGCGAAAUAAUUCAGUAUGGAAGUUCUGCCGAAAACUCAAAAAUUAUUGCACCGGACGAAUUCGAUUUCAUGGUAGUAUUGGCUAAUUUCAAAGAAGACGAAAGAAAAUACUACGACGGAAAAUACGUUGUUCUUUAUGAUGGUGAUGAAUCGUCGUCAAUUUUUGAAAACGAGCAAGACGGAAGUACAUCUUCAGCGAAAUUAUUGUAUUAUUUUUACUUGCUCUUAGCGGAUGCUGUGAACCGGAUAAAUCAUCUCAACGUUUUAUUCCACAAUAUAAGUUUUUCAGAAACUUGCGUUACGUUAGACUGCUUCUAUAGAGGAAAGGAAGUCAUUCACCCAGGACAAUACGUUUUUAAAUUAAGCAUUGACAUAACUGUUGGAGUAAUUGGUUCACAAACCGAUACAGUUCCUCUGCCUUUGCCUUCAUCAUUUCGCCUAGUAAAUAGCUCUAAUAAGGAUGAUAAGUACUUCUUGGUACCACACCGACAAGUUGCUGGAAGUGAAAUCAGCGGCUGGAAACCGUCUUUUCCUACAGUGGAACGCAAUGCAUUUCACGCAUUUGAUCCCGUAGUCACUCGCUGUUAUUGCCUUUUGAAAUUAUUUGUUUUACUUGUUUCGCAUAUUGAGGAAUGUUUUGGGAAAACAAAACCUUCGUCGUAUGCAAUUAAAACAUGUUUAUUCAAUUACGUAAAAAAAAAUCCUCCACCUUGGGAAAAACGAUGUAUAGUGAAACAUUGCAUAGGAAUUUGCACAGAAUUUCUUGAUACAAAGGAAAAAAUCAAUUCUUUUUUUGAAAAAUCUCUCACAGUUUACGUGAUUAAAUAUGAAAGUAGAUAUGUUAUGAACAAAAUCAGAGAUCGACUAAAGUCGGCACAAGAAUCAUCUUGUAUUUCAUCAAAUAUUUGUUCAUGCAAAGGACUCAAUAUUUCUAAUUGUAUUUUAUGUUGAUUAUUAUUAUUUUGAAAAUCACGUUUGUUAUAAAGCACGAUAUUUAAAUCCAGAUUUUUCUUCAAUUAAUGUUUAAAAUACACCAUCAAAUUAUUAA